UCUGCCUGUGUCAUCAGCCCAACGGCAUGCGAGUUGGUUUGUCCUGAGAGGACGAUUCCACUUGUGCAGCCUUUAGCUGGGGCUGGGGCAGGGCAGGAGUAGUCUGCAGCAGAGCUUUUAGAAGACAGACACAGCCCUCCUCACUCUGGAACAUGCACCACCCAAGUCUUCCUUCAGCUCUCCACUAAUUCCUCGCCGCAGUCUGCACCUUCUGCCUUCUUCCAUCCCUUCACACAAUAUUUCUUCCCCCCUCACACUAUUUGUCUAAAUGGGAUUUUAGCAGCACUGAAGCAGAAGUUUAUUUUGGUUCAUCUCGGUGUAUUGUGGAGUGAGUGAGAGAGAGGGAGGAAACCCCUGAGUACUCAGCAGGGAAUACCAUGGCCAUUAAUACCGAUACCCAAUAUGAAAAGGCACUGGGAGGUUCAGGGAACCCUCUGCCCACAGACUCCCAUGAGACUGAGAAACUCCUCACUAAUGCCUUGGAGAAUAAGGAGGAGAAUGGCAUGAAGAAGUCGUUUUCCGUCACCAUGUCCAGCGAGAAGUCUAUGGGAGACCUGGAACAAAAUGGCCACAACCUGCCUUACAAAUCGGUUUCAGCUGGGCAGCUGGAGUCUGCCCCUCUCUCGCCCUCCAGGGUCAGCCUUGCCAGGGCGUCCUCCACUGCCACCAGCGCCCAGGAACAGGGCAGGCCCACCGACUAUCUCAUCCUGGCCAUCUUCUCCUGCUUCUGUCCAGUCUGGCCAGUCAACAUCGUGGCACUGGUCUUUUCCAUCAUGUCAAGAAACAGCAUGCAGCAGGGUGAUGUAGAUGGAGCCCGGAGAUUAGGACGUUUGGCCAGGCUACUGAGUGUCGUCUCCAUCUUGCUUGGACUUGUCAUUAUUGUGCUGUGUAUUCUCAGCCUUACAAUUUUUCACUAGGAUUUGCAGUUGAAAGGAAGCCAAAUGGGAGAUGUGGACAUGGCCUGCCUUCCCUUCACACAUUUUUUAUCCUCCUCACUGCAAACGAGUCUAAUGUUAGAGGAAGAACCAGGUCCAGUCCCACCCAAGGGCCAAGGGAUUGCAUGCAGCACUUUAAACACCACGCCCUUGGCAAUGGAGAGAGAAGCAGGAGUACAGCGCACAAGACAAUGGACUUGAAACAAGAGGAUGCUAUUAACAGGAAACCCUGAAGACGGACAAUGAUUGGCUGGGCAUCCUGGGACUGGCAUUCAGGUGAUGGCACAAACCCUGUUUUUAUUUCCAGCUUUUGUAUCAAAGGAAUGAAAGCUAUUGUAUGUAUUAUAUAAUAUAGCUGAAAACUGCCAAAUAUAGGGUGAUUAGAAAAGACCCUCACAUGCAGCAGAACUCUGUGUGGCCUCCCCUGUUUUGGAUGAUGAUGAUGCUUCUUCGCUGACAACAAGGAACAGGACUUUUAAUCACUUUUUCUUUUUUAACUACUAUUUUUGAUGGAUAACUUAAGAGAAUUGCACCAGUUGCAUGGUUGUAUUCCCUGCUGCAGUGAUCACCUCUUCUCCUCUGCUUGCGUUUGACUGGAUGGGAAAAUACCCCAGUAUAUAUAUAUAUAGACACACACACACAUAUAUAUAUAUAGUUCCUCACUCUAAUCCGUUUCACAUAUAAUGGGUGCUUGAUCUUCUAAAUUAUACACAUACUUGUCAGAUCAGCACACCAACAUCUCUUAUUAGUGAUUGUUUAUUCCACUGUGCAUUCCAACGUUUCCAUCCACAUUUGGAUCUUUAUCAAGGAUUCUGUGCAAGGGAUACAUUUGGGUUUAAAUACUUAACAUUCAAAAAAAGUGAUACUGUGAUACCAUCAUUUGCAUAUAUUAGUCCACCAAUCACAUCCCAAUGCUGAUUAGCCAUUUCCUUACGUCUUCAUUUUUCAAUGUGUCUAUUCAUGUGUAUUUCAAGUGCGAGGAUAGUAAGAGAUGUCGGUGUGCUGAUCUUUUUGACAGGUAUAUAAGGUUUUUGGGUUUGGCGAGACUUGAUUGAGUUAUACAGAAUGAUCACCCUGUGCAUAUGGCAUGCUUCACUCAUUAAGUCCCUAGAUUUGGGGAUGUUCUUGUGGGCUCCUUGUAGACAUAAUGGUCCAGUUAUUGCCUUAAAACAUAAUGGCUUCUGUAUUACAUCAGGUCCCUUAGCUUCACAUGUGGAUGCCCAGAAUACAAGAGAAACAAUUAAUGUACAGGUCAUUUUAAACCGUUUACAGUUAGAAACCCUAAUCAUAUAUAUUUAUAUUAGUGUCACUGUGAUCAAUUUUGGUGGGUGGCAUCAAUCAAUAAAAAAUAUAUCAAAACAUUUUGCUUAUGCCAAGGUUGUAAUCACACAAAUAAAUGGGAGUAGAUGGGAGGUGCAGAUCCAAACACCCUAGCAGGUUCCUUGGAUUUUAUCCCUACUUUGCAAAACACAAUAAUCAGUGCACAGUGGUAUGGAAAGCUUCCUUUAGGGUUAGUUCACACGAGGAGAUUCGGGGAGAUUUUGUCGCCUGUCGACAAUCUCCCCGAACUGCCGC